CCUUGGCAACGUUUAUAAAACAUUUUAAAAAUAAUAGUACAAAAUAUAUUAGGACAAAAUAUGUUGAAAUCCAACGAAAUGAUUUGAAUGGCAAAAAGGGAAGCAUUUCAACCAAAGGCCCGCGACCGUCAAAGUAGUUGGAAACAAGCGCAAAGAAAACCAUUCGACAACAGUAGAACAAUACGUUUCAAAUGCUCUCUUCAAAACACCAUCAUCGAUGUCCUUCGUAGCAAAGGUUGGGAAGAAGUAAAAGAAGGUGAAAAUGAUUGGGACAUCUUUUGGUGUGAUGUUGGAUGGAUGAGAGAGAAUUUUGAUCAUUCCUACUUGCAAGAACAUGUAAAGUUGUGUCAUUUCAGGAAUCAUUAUGAGUUGACGAGAAAAAAUCUCAUGGUUAAAAAUCUCAAGAGACUACGAAAAAAAAUCGAAAGAGAAAGGGGAAAAGAAGCCGCGACGAAAUGUGAUUUUUACCCAACAACUUAUCAGUUACCGGCUGAAUAUCACAUCUUUGUUGAAGAGUUCAAGAAAAAUCCUGGUAGCAUUUGGAUAAUGAAACCGGUGGCGAAAUCUCAAGGCAAAGGGAUAUUUCUUUUCAAAAAACUGAGAGACAUCAUCGAAUGGCGAAAGGAAGAUUACUUCAAGGUUACGGAUGAAAAGAAUGAUGGAAAAGAAGCUCCAGAAACGUAUAUAGUUCAGAGAUACGUGGAAAAUCCGUAUCUCAUUGGAGGACGGAAAUUCGACAUUCGUGUUUAUGUUCUUGUGACAAAUUAUGUGCCGUUAAGUGUGUGGUUGUAUCGUGAUGGUUUUGCGCGCUUUUCUAACACGAGAUUCUCCCUUGAAUCCAUUGAUGACACUUACAUUCAUCUUACAAAUGUGGCCAUACAGAAAACCGCCCCUGAUUACGAUCCAGAGAAGGGAUGCAAAUGGUCUCCAUUACGACUGAGGAAGUAUCUUACGGCAAAACACGGAAUCGAAAAAGUGGAAAAACUGUUUCGUCUUAUUGAUGAAAUAAUCAUCACAAGUUUGCAAGCUGUGCAGAAGAUAAUGAUCAAUGACAAGCAUUGUUUUGAACUUUACGGAUAUGAUAUUCUGGUUGAUGAGAAUUUGAAACCCUGGUUGCUCGAGAUCAAUGCGUCACCGUCGCUUACGGCAAGUAGUCCAGCGGAUUAUGAGCUCAAAGUCGGUCUGUUAUUGGAUGUCCUCAGCAUAGUUGACAUUGAAAAUAGAUUAACUGGUAAAGAAAAGCGUGUUGGUAAUUUUGAUUUAGUUUGGCAUAAUGGGCCCAUAAUGGCAGAUAAUCUACCGGACACGGCCUGCCACUCAUCUUCCACACAUCCUACGAAUAGUUUUUUAGGUUGUCUUAAUGACCGAGAAAAGCAACUUGCAAAAUUGUACAAAGAAAAACCCAAUGAUGUCAAGGAUUCACCAAUAUUUUGAUACUUUUCCCACCCGAUUGUGGGCACUGAAGACGAUUAAUGUACCAAUGCAUUAUGCAUACAUCGUUUGUGUAUAAUUGUUCAUUUUUUUUAUUCCAAUUUUGUUCGACACAAAUGACAUAAAAAAUACUUGAUGUUUACAAGGUAAA